GCGUGUCUCCCUCCCUUCCCGGCGUCCGCUCCUUCCCGCCGCGCGGCUCUGGGCUGGGGGUGCCCGGCGCCCCCGCCCUGCAUUGUCCCCGGUGGCAGCGCCCCCUGCCGGCCACCGUGCCGCGCCUUUUGGAGCCCGCGGCGUCCGGGCGAAGGCCGGUGAGCCCGUCGCUGAGUUCCCCGAUGCUUUCAGGACCGCGCGAGUGGUGGCCAUGAGUUGAAGAGCCCUGCUCUGCGAAUUGCUCCCACCAGGAUGUACUGAGCUGCUACAGGCCCAAAGCAAGGAGGCCAGAUGUGCUUGGAAACUCUGAGGCUGUGAGCCAAGACAAGUCUUCAUCCCAGCGUGUGAGGCUAGCCCUCAGCUGCCACUCCUUCCGAACCAUGGUGCCGUGGCUGUGGAAGGGCCUGGUAGGCAUCGGCCUCUUUGCCCUCGCCCACGCUGCCUUUUCGGCUGCACAGCAUAAUUCUCACAUGCGACUGACGGAAAAGAAGUAUGGCUCACUGCCAAUAGACAUAGUGCUCCAGACGCUGUUGGCCUUUGCAGUUACCUGCUAUGGCGUAGUUCAUACUGCAGGGGACUUUAAAGACAGGGACGCCACCUCAGAACUGAGGAACAUGAAGUUUGACACCUUAAGGAAUCGCCCAUCUUUUUAUGUGUUUCCUCCUCCUGGCCGUGGACGGUUCCAGUCACCAGAUACAAGUCAUUCUUCGAACCUCAGCACGUCAUCUUCUGACAUGCUGUCGAAGUUUUGAAAGCUCAAAUCCGCUGUACAGUUCAGCUUUUUUACAAACUAAGUAGCAAGACAGAAGCAGAAUUAAGCACUGGGAUUUGGGAAUCACCUCCUGUACAUCAGUAUUUUUAUUGAUAUUUUCAGACUUAAUUUUUGAAACUCUGUAAUAAAAAAAGACCCACAAAAGAUAUUUAUCUCAGGUAUGCCAUCACAGCUGUCGGAAGCUGACUAACUGAUUUUGGAUGAGGCAGUCUCAGCCCCAGUAAAGCGGAUAAUGCAGGUGGACCUCACCUCAUCCGUCAAGGGGCUGAGUGGAGCAGAGAGGCUUUGGUAAGGAAGAUGUGUUUCUGCAUGCUGAGCUGAGACAUCGGUUUUUCUCUGGCUUUGCCCCUUAAACACAAACAUCAGCUCUGCUUGCAUUUUGAGCCCAUGUGCUCUCAGACUGGAUUUGUGUGUGGGCUCUCCUGGGCUCCACUGACUGACUAUGGUCCUGAGGAAACUUGUAGGUUUUCACAGUGUGCAGUCCGGCUCUUUGUUGCAACUGUCACCACGGGUUCCUUCCAGGUGCUCAGACUGAUGAUCUGGAGACUGCUGUGAGCCAUAAGCAAAAAGAUGAUGAUGAUGGCUUUCCACGCUGUGUGCAGAGGCCUGACUGGGAAGGAGAGAAAGAGGCCAGCAUUCCCAGAAGAGUGCAGAGUAGAGGUGGAGAGAGCCUUGCCCCUGCCUGUCCCGCUGUCCCAGCGGCCACCUCCAUGUGUCACUUGCUGCGGUCUGGUUAUCCGAGCACUUCCCUUUUGUGCUGUGCUUCCGUUGAGAUUCUGCCAUUUGCAAAUAUAUUAGGGGCCGCCAGGGGACAAGAGUCAACAAGGAGGCUGUGUUUGUGUAAAACUGUCCCUUGGUGUUUACAGGGGAUUGACUCCACAGCCAUGCACCGGAACCAGAAUGCUUGGAUGCUCAAGUAGUCCUUAGAAAAUGACAUCGUAUCUGCAUAUAACCCUCCCAUAUGUUUCUCUCUAGAUUACUUGUAACACUUAAUACCAUGUAAAUUCUGUGUAAAGAGUUGCCGUAGUGCACUGUUUAGGGAAUAAUGAUAAGAAAAUGCCUGCAUAUGUUCAGUGCAGAUGGAAUUUCCCCCAAAUAUCUUUGGUUGACAGUUGGUGGAAUCUCUGUGUGGUUUGUUUACUUGUCCUUAUGGUCUGCUUCUACAAGAAUGUCAACUCCCUGAGGGCCAGAUCCUGUUUGUCUUGGUUCCUUGUGAUGUCCCUCAAUCCAUCAUAGUGCUUUCGGGAGGGGUAUGUGUGUCUGUGAAAGAUGGGGUGGGGGACUGACCUGGAACUCAAUAUAUAUAGCAGGCUGGCUUUGCAUUCAGAGAUCUGUCUCUCCCUCAAGUACGGGAAUUAAACUGUGAUUAAACACCA